AGAAAAGAAAUAGAGGAGCAACGAAGCGCAUCGACCCCAGUCGCCGGCGUACGGCUGCCGGCGAAUCUCUUCCGCAUCCGGCGGCACUCCGGCUGGGGCGGAUCUAGGAUUAGGAUGAGGAAGGGGAGACGGCGGUUUCUUCUGCAGCGCACGUAGAGCAGACGGUUCGUCCUCCCCUGGAACUCCGGCGUUUGAGAUAUCCACCUUAUUCUAUCAUGACAGCCGCAAGUGCAUGCGUCUACGGGUAGUGUUUGCAUCGCGCUGUAAUUGCUUGAAGAUUAGAUGUGACGAUGAUGUACACAAAGGGGCCAUCAUCAGAUGUUCUUAGAGCAAGCAUUUCUAGUGCCCCUAGUACAUCCAGCCAUGGUUCUGCACAAGAUGACUGCGACUCUUUAGGCGAUGUAUAUGUGUGGGGUGAAGUUGUUUGUGAUAGCUCUGCAAGAACCAGUUCUGACACUGUAAUUAGAUCAACUGGGAAGACUGAUUUCCUCCUCCCAAAGCCGUUGGAGUCUAGUUUGGUUCUCGAUGUGUAUCAUGUAGAUUGUGGGGUCAGGCAUGCAUCCUUGGUCACAAGAAAUGGCGAAGUUUUUACAUGGGGUGAAGAUUCUGGAGGCCGCCUUGGCCAUGGAACACGGGAAGAUUCUGUUCACCCUCGUCUUGUCGAGUCCUUAGCUGCUUGCAACAUAGAUUUUGUUGCAUGUGGGGAGUUUCAUACCUGCGCUGUGACCACAACUGGUGAACUUUAUACCUGGGGAGAUGGAACUCACAAUGUUGGACUUCUAGGACAUGGUACCGAUGUAGGACACUGGAUACCUAGGAGGAUAUCUGGAGCUCUGGAAGGUCUCCAAAUUGCUUAUGUUUCUUGUGGAACCUGGCAUACAGCCUUGAUCACAUCGAUGGGUCAAUUGUUUACCUUCGGCGAUGGUUCAUUUGGGGUAUUAGGACAUGGAGAUGUGAAGAGCAUUUCGUAUCCACGGGAGAUAGAAUCACUGUCAGGGCUGAAAACAAUUGCGGUUGCAUGUGGUGUAUGGCAUACUGCAGCUAUUGUAGAGGUCAUCGUCACUCAGUCCAGCGCGACUGUGUCUGCUGGAAAGCUAUUCACAUGGGGAGAUGGCGACAAGAGUCGACUUGGUCAUGGUGAUAAGGAUGCACGACUUAAGCCUACUUGUGUAGCUUCGCUUAUUGAUUAUGAUUUUUACAGGGUAGCAUGUGGCCACAGUCUUACUGUAGGCUUGACAACUUCUGGAAAAGUGUGGAGCAUGGGUAACUCAGUUUACGGUCAGCUCGGAAAUCCAAAUUCCGAUGGAAGGCCAUGUUUAGUUGAAGAUAAGAUUGCAAGCGAGCAUGUUCUACAAGUUGCUUGUGGUUCCUACCACGUUGCAGUUUUGACAAGUAGAAGCGAAGUUUUUACGUGGGGUAAGGGAGCUAACGGGAGAUUGGGCCAUGGAGAUAUAGAGGACCGGAAGGUACCUACACCGGUCGAGGCAUUGAGAGAUAGAGCUGUUCGGCACAUAGCUUGCGGUGCAAACUUCACUGCUGCUAUAUGCCUGCACAAAUGGGUUUCUGGAUCUGAUCAAUCACAGUGCUCCUCAUGUCGACAGCCGUUUGGGUUUACCCGAAAGAGGCAUAACUGCUAUAACUGUGGGCUUGUCCAUUGUAACGCAUGCACCUCAAGGAAGGCUUUGAGAGCAGCAUUGGCUCCUAAUCCCAAGAAACUUCAGCGUGUUUGUGAUUCUUGUUUCUUGAAACUGAACAAUGCUUCCGACACUAGUAAUGGGGAAAGAAAUGGUGAAGCUAGAGUAGGAAAAUCCAUCCUUUCUAGUAACAUGGAUAUGAUUAGAAGUUUGGAUAAUAAGGCAGCAAAACAGGGGAAGAGAACCGAUGCAUUGUCAUUUCUCCGGAAUCCUCAAGUUAGUUCGCUACUGCAGCUCAGAGAUAUUGCUUUCUCCGGCGGUGUAGAUCUCAACAGAUCAGUUCCGAGAACAGUGCGCACAUCAGCACGGUCAGUAGCCACUUCAAGGGCUGUUUCCCCUUUCUCUCGCAAGUCUAGUCCACCACGGUCCACCACACCAGUUCCAACUACUCAUGGUCUUUCUCUCUCAAAAAGUGCUACUGAUAAUCUGGUGAAAACAAAUGAGCUCUUAAAUCAGGAAGUUGAGAGGCUGCGUGCACAGGUUGAUAACCUGAGACAGCGUUGUGAGCAUCAUGAGCUUGAACUGCAUAAAUCAGCCAAGAAAGUACAAGAGGCCAUGACACUGGUUGCAGAGGAAUCUGCAAAAUCUAAAGCUGCAAAAGAAGUUAUAAAAUCACUAACAGCACAGCUCAAGGACAUGGCUGAGAGGUUACCACCAGAUAAUGGAUCUUAUGAUUGCAAUGAAGCAAAGCAAUUACACGCUCCUAAUGGCGUCGAGCCACAUGUUGCUAUCUACUCUAGCAUGAAUGGGAAAAUUCACCCAUCAAGGAAUGAAUUACCCAAUGCUUCAAAUGCACAUAGUCCAAACUCUGGAUGGUCGCCACAUUCAAACGGAAUCUCGAGUCAACAUAAAUUACUAAGUAAUAUAAGUGAAAACAGUGAAGGGAGCAUUCACAGCCUUCGAAUUACCAGUCCUCACGAAGCAGAUCGUCCUCAUCGAAGAGCACACAGCAAUAGUGACGAGAUGCUGUCCGCAAGUAGCAGAGCUGAUGAUAAUGUCAGCAUUGAUGCUAGGUCCCUUCAAAACAGUGAGGACGGCUAUAAGUCUCGAGGCACAGUAUCAAUAUCCAGCAACCAAGUACAGGCGGAGUGGAUUGAGCAGUACGAACCAGGUGUUUACAUAACGCUCACGACCCUCCGUGAUGGCACCCGGGAUCUAAAGAGGGUUCGCUUCAGUCGAAGGCGCUUUGGGGAGCAUCAGGCGGAAAACUGGUGGAACGAGAAUCGCGACAAAGUGUACGAGCGGUACAACGUGAGGAGCUCUGAACGAGUGUCGUCAGCAGCCUCGACCCGGUCAGCCUAUUAACAUACCGGGGACGACCUGUGACGAGCUGGCACCGUUUCUUUUGCUGUCAAACUGCAAGACCAACCAACAAAAUUAAGGUCAUACAUAGUGGGCUGGAGACCACCAUAGGCGAUUGUCGCUGUCUUUUUUAUCGUCCUUCUACACUUCAACUGAAAUAUUGAUAGGCUGUAGCAUGGGCGUGUCCUGGUGUAAUGUACAUACAGGGAGCUGCGCCAAAGGGCACCAUGCUAUAGAUCACACUAGCCAUUGUGGCUAGGUGAAGUUUUUCUUCUUUAUUCUUUUCUUUGUACGAGCGUUUGAGUGACCUCCAUAUGAUUUGCGAGUGCUGUUAUUUCUAUGCCAUUCAAGAUCAGGUCCUCAGUGUUUCAACAUUUGUGGUACCUAGAUAUAUGCAACUCUUGGGGAAGACAUAAGACCUGCUCAAGACAUAUACAAGGCCAUAUUGAUAUAAUAGUUACACGUUUUCUAUUUAAAUAGUACA